AUGUGUCCUUCCUGCGAACCUGAGCAGGCCUUAAAUACCAUUGCCGAACAUGCUAAUGGCAAUGGCUCUACUUCCAAUGGAUCAAACGCAUCUCACCCAGGAUAUACAGCAAUUCAGACCAAGAAGAACCCACAUCCACCAAAGAGAGAUAACCCAUAUCAACCAGUCGGUGACUUUCUUAGCAAUAUCUCAAGUUUCAAGAUCAUCGAAAGUACAUUGAGAGAAGGUGAACAAUUCGCCAAUGCUUUCUUUGAUACCGAGAAGAAGAUUGAGAUCGCCAAGGCUUUGGAUGAUUUUGGUGUUGAUUAUAUUGAAUUGACUUCACCAGCUGCUUCAGAACAAUCAAGAGCUGAUUGUGAAGCUAUCUGCAAGUUAGGAUUGAAGGCUAAGAUUCUUACUCACAUCAGAUGUCAUAUGGAUGAUGCAAGAAUCGCUGUUCAAACUGGUGUUGAUGGAGUUGACGUCGUCAUCGGUACCUCAUCUUACCUCAUGGAACAUUCCCACGGCAAGGAUAUGACCUACAUCAAGAAUACCGCCAUUGAAGUUAUCGAAUUCGUCAAGUCACACAACAUCGAAAUCCGAUUCUCUUCCGAAGAUUCCUUCCGAUCAAACCUUGUCGAUCUCCUCUCGAUUUACUCUACUGUCGAUAAGAUUGGUGUUAACCGUGUUGGUAUUGCCGAUACUGUUGGAUGCGCUUCUCCAAGACAAGUUUAUGAUUUGAUCAGAACUCUUCGCGGUGUUGUCAGCUGUGAUAUCGAAACACAUUUCCACAACGAUACCGGUUGCGCAAUCGCAAACGCAUACUGUGCUUUGGAGGCCGGUGCCACUCACAUUGAUACCUCAGUUUUGGGUAUCGGUGAGAGAAAUGGUAUUACUCCUCUUGGUGGAUUGAUGGCUCGUAUGAUUGUCGCAGAUCGUGAUUACGUUAUGGGCAAAUACAAGCUUCACAAGCUCAAGGAUAUUGAGGAUUUGGUUGCACAAGCCGUUGAGGUCAACAUCCCUUUCAACAAUUACAUCACUGGUUUCAGUGCUUUCACUCACAAGGCUGGUAUUCACGCCAAGGCUAUUCUCAACAACCCAUCUACCUACGAAAUCAUCAACCCAGCCGAUUUCGGUAUGACCAGAUACGUUCACUUCGCAUCUAGACUUACUGGAUGGAACGCCAUCAAGUCUCGUGCCAAUCAAUUGAACAUCGAAAUGACCGAUGCACAAUACAAAGAGUGUACCGCCAAGAUCAAGGCUCUCGCAGAUAUUCGAUCCAUCGCAGUUGAUGAUGCAGAUUCAAUCAUUCGUGCUUUCCACAGACAAACCAAGACUGGUAAGGCUGUGGAACUUUUACCAAACUUGACUGAAGAUGAGAAGGCUUUAUUGGCCAAGAAGGAUUCUGAGAUUAGUGGAGUGCCUGAGAAGCGCAAGUUAGAUGAGGUUGCAGAGAGUCAAGCUAAGAAGGCAAGAAAUGAAGUUUCCGCCUAA